AUGACGAAUCCGAAGGACUCCCCCCGGGUGAUGCGCGAGGGGGACCGUUCCAGGGCGGGCACGCCCAGCCGGGGCCUGCAGAGGACGAUCAGCAACGCCAGCUCGUAUUACCCCGAGCCCACCGGCUUCUGGAACAGCCUGCUCAACUUUCGGGGGUUCAAGAACAGCCUGAAGCUGCGGAAGGAUUGGAAGCUGAAGGAAAAGCUCUACAUGACAGUGGGGGGCGACUACUGCUUUCAGAAUUACAAGCUCACGCCUGUGGUGCAGUUCACCUACAAA